AUGAGGUUCUUUUCAGCUCUCGCCGCCGUGUCCGUCGCGUCUAUCGCGGCGGCUACCGAUAAUACAAAUUCCCAGAAAGUCAUCCCCGUCAGCUUUGGUAGAUCGACGAACAGGCAGCCCGCGCUCCAUAGACGUGCCGGUACCUAUUCUCAAGAACUGAACAACAACUUGACUGGUGGUGGUUACUACGCUCAAGUCACCGUGGGAACACCUCCUCAAACUGUCGACUUAGUUGUCGAUACUGGGAGCAGCGAUGUCUGGAUAUUAGAUAGCCACGCGAACCUCUGCCAGUCCAAGACAAUGCAGAAUUACUACGGAUACUGUCUAUCCACGUACGAUCCUUCUAAGAGUUCGACAUACUCUAUCGUUUCUCAAGACGAAUUCAGCAUCCGCUAUGUCGACGGUUCGGGGGCCGAAGGCGACUAUAUUCGAGACACCUUCAGCAUCGGUGGAGCUGACAUAAAAAAAUUGCAGAUGGGCCUGGCCGAGAAUUCCACCAUCAACUCGGGUCUUUUGGGUAUAGGGUUUGCUGCUAACGUCGCUGCCCUGACUCCGUAUCCAAACAUUAUGAGCUUGUUUGAAAGUCAAGAUCUAAUUGCCAUCCAAGCUUAUAGCUUAUAUCUGGAUGAUCUAUACGCCGAGACUGGAACAAUCCUAUUUGGUGGUUUAGAUACCCAGAAAUUUAUCGGCAAGCUUAAGAUCGUCGAUAUUGUACCGGACCGCACCGGCAAUUACUCCUCCUUCACCGUCCCGCUCUCAUCUUUGACCACGACCGCCGACAACGGCACGGUGACUAACUACACCCGAUCCAGCGUCUCGGUCAUACUCGAUUCGGGUACUACUUUGACUUAUGUUCCCUACACUAUGGCGAAUCGCAUCUUUCGCGCCUUUGGUGCCGUAGACGACACCUCUGGAACUGGACUUGUCUACAUCAACUGCGAACACCUAAACAACAAUAAUUUUACUUUUGAUUUCCAAUUCGGCGGCAAUGACGGCCCUAUCAUCCAGGUCCCCAUUGAUGAGAUGGUCUUGGAUAAUGUAAAGCAAUACAUCGAACUAGGACUAGAUGUACCGUCUCUACCUUUCGAUAAUGUCUGCAGUUUUGGCCUGCAGGGGAGUUCGGACUAUUAUCUGCUAGGCGACACGUUCUUGCGCUCUGCCUACGUAGUUUAUGACCUCACCAACAAGAAGAUUGGUCUCGCUCAGGCCAAUCUUAAUAGUACUGAGAGCAAAAUUGUGGAGAUCACCAAGUCUGGUAUUCCCGACGCUAGUGGUGUCGCUUCCCAGGUCAUCGCAACGCAGACAACUAGUAGUGGCAAUUCAUCUUCCGAGACUUCUUCAGGCACGUCUGGUAGUGAGACCAGUGAGGGGGCUAGUUCUAAAGUUGUACCUGCACCGAGCUGGGAGGUCCUAGUUAUGGCCGGCACAGAGAUGUGCUUAGAGGAACAGAAGCUUGAUGAGCGUUGA